UUUUUAUUCUGUGGUUGAAAGGCAGAGAAAUGCCAGGUCUGAGCAGCCUCUGGGGAUAACCUGCUCUUCAUGAUGUGAAUGAACAGCAUCUCUCUCUCUCUCUUUCUCUGCUUCUUGACUGGGCUACGCAACUCUGUAACAGACGUUAGCAGGCGCCUGAUUCCUGGGCCCCCCUGGCUCCCUAUUUGCAGCUGGACUGACAUAUAUAUACAUAUAUUCUGUGGUGUUUAUCAGCAGUGCUGGUUCAUCAGAGCUCCAUGUACGACAAUCUGUACCUGCAUGGAUUCGAUGACUCGGAGGCGGGUUCAGCAGAUUCUUACACAAGUAGGCCAUCGGAUUCUGACGUUUCCCUAGAGGAAGAUCGAGAUGGGAUUCGGCGUGAGUCUGAGCAGCAAGCAGCCGUACAACUUGAAAGAGCCAAAACAAAACCUGUUGCAUUCGCAGUUAGAACAAAUGUCACUUACUGUGGCGCCCUGGAUGAAGAUGUGCCAGUGCCAGGAACUGCCAUCUCCUUUGAUGCCAAAGACUUUCUACAUAUUAAAGAAAAGUACAACAAUGACUGGUGGAUAGGACGACUGGUGAAAGAAGGGUGUGAAAUUGGAUUCAUUCCAAGCCCCCUCAAACUCGAGAACAUCCGAUUACAACGGGAACAGAAAUCACGACAGGGCCGUUUUUACAGCGGGAAGUCCAGCGGGAACUCUUCAUCCAGCCUCGGUGAUAUGGUGUCUGGUACGUGGCGCUCUCCCUCCCCUUCUUCAGCCAAACAGAAGCAAAAAGUGACUGAACACAUUCCUCCUUAUGAUGUGGUACCAUCCAUGAGGCCAGUUGUGUUGGUGGGCCCAUCAUUGAAAGGUUAUGAGGUGACAGACAUGAUGCAGAAAGCACUCUUUGAUUUCCUGAAACAUCGGUUUGAUGGAAGGAUAUCAAUUACCCGGGUGACAGCAGAUAUAUCCCUAGCCAAACGAUCGGUUCUAAAUAAUCCCAGCAAGAGGACGAUAAUGGAGCGGUCCAAUACACGGUCAAGUAUAGCUGAAGUGCAGAGUGAAAUUGAGAGGAUCUUUGAGCUGGCCAGAACAUUGCAGUUGGUUGUUUUAGAUGCGGACACCAUUAAUCAUCCUGCACAACUCAUCAAGACUUCACUUGCACCGAUCAUCGUUCACGUUAAAGUUUCUUCUCCCAAGGUGCUGCAGAGGUUGAUAAAGUCCAGGGGAAAGUCACAGAGUAAAAACCUCAAUGUCCAGUUGGUGGCAGCAGAUAAACUGGCACAGUGUCCUCCAGACAUGUUUGAUGUCAUCCUGGAUGAAAACCAAUUGGAGGAUGCAUGUGAGCAUUUGGCAGACUAUCUUGAAACGUACUGGCGUGCGACGCACACUCCCAGCAGCGCACCACUGAAUCCAUUACUGGGCCGGAACUUAGGUAGUACUGCACUGUCAACAUAUCCUUCAGCUAUCUCUGGGUUACAGGGGCAGCGGAUGAGCAACAGCAAUCACUCUGGUGAACAUAUUCCCGUUGAACGAACGCGCUUGGUCCACUCUGAUGAAAACGGCCACAGUGAGAGGGCACGGAAGAACAGGAAUCGCUUGUCUUCAGGUUCCCAGCACAGCCGAGGCCAAUACCCACUGAUGGAAGAAGAGUAUUCUGAUCCUUACCAGGACACAUACAAAUCACGAAGGAGUCACGGAUCACCUGGGGGCCACAGCCAUGAUUCUCAACACAGGCUAUGAAAAAUCUUGUUAUUCACCUGCAAAAAAAAAAUUCCAAGAUAGAGAAAUUUUUUUUUUAGAAAAAGCAAAACCCCUGCCUUGCAACAUUAAAUGUGAACAGGGAAGCAUUCAGGCAGUUCUUAACAUUUUAUUAUUACUAAAACAACGACUUACAGUGGUUUCCAAAAAGUCUUUGUCCCCCUUUCAGGCUCAUUUGCUCAUGAUGGAGGCAGUUUGGUUGAGUGUUUUCCCAAACACUUUACUGGUUUUGUAAAUAUGAGGAAUGCAUGGAAGCGUGAUCCGUGAGACCGUGGAUUUGUUUUCACUGUGUCACUGAGCACGUCUACCUCUUUAUAUAUUUUGCCUAUAGAAUGACCACAUGUAUUACAUAUCUUGGCACUAAAUUCAGUAUUUCCUCUGCUAUAGUGCCAACUUAGCCCGACAGUCAGUGUGGUGGACCUUGAGUACAGGUGGGUUCCUAGCACUUAAACCUGCUUGUAAAGUUCCCAAUGCAGUGACAAAGCUCCUUUAAGACAUAACACUCCUCACCUGAGUCCUUGUUAGCAAUAAGUGGUAUUGCAAUACAACCCUGUACGACCAUUGUUUCAACAAAUUUUGCUUCAGCGUGUGACUCCAGAAUUGAAUGCAGCUCUCCAUUACUAUUUGCAUGAGACAAGCGAUAACAAAUCACCUACUUACAAGUAAGAUAUUAUUUAAAUUUAAGAACAAUAAAUUAUGCUUUUAUGCAUUUGCUAUUUGUGUAUGGUUUUUUAAAGGUAUUAUUUAUAAAGGAUGAAUUCGGGCUGUACAUUGACUUGCUAAUGUUAAUUCCUCAAUUUUUCAUGUUUAGAGAGUUCAGUGUUAUUAGUUUGUAGAUGCAUCAGUGCAUCCGAUUUGGUAAAGUCUUUCACCAGGUCAAUUUGUGUAGCGAUAUCUGUUUAUUCAGCCCACGUGUGUUGAAGCGAACCUAUUUUGACUGGAAGGCCUACAUUCCAUCGUAGCAACCCUUCACCAUGAUUUGACUUACAGAAUUCACUUCAAUAGAAGGUAAGGCCAUUGAGAAAUACUUUGCAUAAGUGAUUGAGCAACUGGCUGAAAAUAUCACAGGAUUCAAAAUUGGCAUUGUGUUGGUUUGCUAACCAAGCAGAAUACAAAUGGUUAAGGAAUUUGGAGCUGAAUUAUUAUGCAGUAUUUUCUUUUUCCCUCUCUUGUCAAAUCAGAUGAAAUCUGUAUCCACAUGAAAAAAUUUGCUAUUUUCACUUUUGCUAUGCUCUGUUGCAAAAAGCAAAUCAACAUUAUUUUUCUUCUUUUUGUUUUUGUUUACAUAACUGAAUUUUUAGCUUUCUCUCCUGGAGCCCUGAAUAUCUUCAUUUUCGUUGAAAGCAUAUGUCAGCAUCAGAGAAUUUGAAUUUUAGUGCAUCUGCUGCAAGGUACUGUGAAUAAAGAUUUGCAUCCAGCUCGCACAUGGCUUGUUAGAUGGGGAAGAGAUAGGAGAGAGCACAUGGGACAAGAUGGGAGGAGGCAAGAGAAGAAAGUAAAAGGGGAGAGAAUUGUAUGGGAAAAUUCUUUUGUGGUGUAUUAAUUUGGUUUGUAUUGUCUCUGAGACUGAGGUGCACAAUCUCUUGUUAUUCCAAAACACUUUAUAGCCAAUUAGCUUUCCUCUUUUCAAAGUGCAAUCACCACGUCUUCCUUUAUUCUGCGUUCCACAUAGUACAUCUAAGUACCCAGGUGAUAUUAUUUCAAACUUCAAAAAUGUGUCUCAUCUUCUGUCCAGUGAAUCUCUUCAUACUAUUAAUAGAAUCUCUUCAUUGUAACUAAUAUACAAUUCUAUCUUACCUAAAAUAGGAUGGUCAAAACUGGGCACAAUAUUUCUUACAGUCUCACAGAAUACUGGCAUUAUGGUUGUAGAGUCAUAGACCAUUUGGGUUGGUAAUUGCACGUGACAAGUACUCUUCCUCCCCUGAAGAAAAUUAAAUCAAGAUAAAAUUAUCAAUUUAAAUGAUUUUGGUUGUGAGGUAAGCAUUCAUCAGAGCACUAAGAUACCUGUUACGCUCACCCUCAAGGAAAGGUGAAGCCAUGUUUUGAUGUAGCAUUUCUGCAUUGAACUGCUAGGUUAGAAUAGACUCUGUUUUUAUGUUUUGCAAUGGGACUUGAACCCACCAACUCCACUGGUGGCUAGAUACAUAGGCUAGGCAGAGGCAGAGUAAGGCUGAAGAAGUAGGACUGUAACUUGUUCCAUAAACUUAAGCGACACAGAACUAAAUAAAUUAUUUCAAUGCAUUACAGGAAAAACAAAAAUAUUGGCACAAAAUAUAUAUGUUCUAUAAAAGGCCACAUGAUUUCAUGUAUAUACCUCUAAAAGCAUAUACAUUUACACUCAGUGUCAGUUUAUUGGGUAUCUCCUGUACCUAAUAAAGUGGCCACUGAGUGUACGCUUGUGGUUUUCUAUUGUUGUAGCUCAUCCAUUUCAAGGUUCCACAUGUGGGUACUCAGAAAUAUUCUUCUGCACACCACUGUUGGAUCAUGUGGUUAAUUGAGCUACAGUUGCCUUCCUAUCAGCUUGAAUCAGUCUGGCCGUUCUCCCCGACCUCUCUCUUUAGCAAGGGAUCUUUGCCCUCAGUACUGCCACUCACUGGAUGUGUUUUUUUUUUUGUUUUUCACACCAUUUUCUGUAAACUCCAGAGACUGUUGUUCAUGAAAAUCCCAGGAGAUCAACAGUUUUCUGAGAUACUCAAUCCACCCCAUCCAGCACCAACAAUCAUUCCACGGUCAAAGUCAAUUAGCUCACAUUUCUCCCCCAUUCAGAUGUUUUGUCUGAACACCGGCUGAACCUCUAGACCAUGUUUUUGACUCAAUGCUUUUGUGCGUUGAGUUGCUGCCUUGUGAUUGGCUGAUUAGAUGUUUGCAUUAAUGUGCAGGUGUACAGGCAUACCUAAGAAAGUGGACACUGAGUGUAUUUCAAUAAGCUAUUUAUACAACAUAACUGCACUCAUCAAAGAACUUUAGUCUUUUCUUGCUGAAUCAAAAUUUUAGAGCAGUUAAUUUAUCUUGCAAUUAUAUGAUCAAAGUGCAAGCUUUCAGAAUACAUUUAAUAAUCUAUUCUUGCUGUUUUAUUGUGAUUUCUCAGAAUGAAGUGCAAUAUAAAUAGAAUAUGUUGAAUUUGGAGGCAUUUUUACUCUGAUUAGGCCACAUAAAUACAGAUGGUAAUAUCAUGUCGAGCUUUACACACUGGGGAAAUCAAUGACCUUAUACUAUUUUAGCAAUCAGACUCACUGGAAUUCUGACUUUGCAUUAGUAAACAUCUGGUAAAAAUACAAAAUGUAGGCUUGUGACUGGAUCGAUAAUCUGAAUUAUUUUGGCAAAAGGCAGACCCGCUGUGGUGACAUUUAAGACAUUGGUUGCAAUUUAGGAAAAAACAAACUGAUGUUCAGUUCAGCUUGGUGAAUUUAUAGUUCACAUGCCUAUUUGGGUUGUUGACUAACAUUUUCUAUUAUUAGAGUCAAACUUCCAGCUUGCUAAUUUUUGUUGAAUUGAUUAUUUCCAGAGCUUGUUUUGUUAAUAUCCACUGAAUUGAAAUGGAAAAUUUGUCAAAUAAAUGAACAACUUUUAUGCGUGUUGAGAUCAACCCACAUUACAUUUAUAUACAUGCAUCCAGCAUCCUCUUUGGCUUUCUCCCAUCAGGCAGGAGAUGAACAUGACAUAAGACAAACAGCAUAAAAACAAGAACAGUCAGGAUGGGAAACAGUUUCUUCCCUCAGGUCAUCAGAUUUCUGAACUCCCUGCUGCAUCGCAUUCGAAGUGUCACUAGUUAAUCUGUUCUGUACCUUAGAUUAUUUACUUUAUGCACUUUAGUUUGUUUAUUUAUGUGUAAUCCAUUCUUAGAUUUCAUCUUUACUUUUAGAAGUUAUUAUGUGUUAUGAGUGUUCUGCAUACUAUAGUACACCUUGGUUUGGAGAAACAUUGUCUCUUCUACAGUAUGCAUAUAUACAGUUAAAUGACGAUAAAAUUGACUUGACUUGACUUGAUUUAGCUCCAUACUCAUGGUAUUUUUCCUAGUUCCACACAAUAUAUCUCAGUAGCAAGUGAUACUAUUUCAUAUUUUAAAGAUGUCUGUCAUCUUUUGACUAAUGAAUGCUUUCUUAAUAUCCCCUCAUGCUUUGGUAACUAAAAUGCAAUUCUAACUUUUCCAAAAUACGAUGGUCAGGACAGGAUGUGAUGGAAAUAAUUUGGAAGAUGUGUAGUUUGGGUGGUUGAUUGCUGGGUCAAGUUGUUCUCUGACCUUGACAAUUUACUUGCAAAUAUUUCAUCACUUUGCAAGGAGAUAUCGUAAUUCGCUAUUGAUUGUAGUGGGUCUUCCAAAUGCUUGCCCUUUAUAUACUUUUCAGUCAGCUGAUUGGACGUUAUUUUGGAAACUCAAAUGUGAUGUAGGGAGGAAAUCUCGUCGCUGAUUGGCUGUGUGGCGAACUUCCUGCGUUGUGGUCUGGAAUUUUGCCUGCAUCGGCCCAUAAAUAGGAUCAAGGUCUACAUGUGUGUUUACAGAAUUUUUCGUGGAAAACAUGCUUCUAGGAAUUCGUGUUCGCUUGUGUCAUGACUUUCAUUGAUGCCCAGUUGAAUUUGUUCCCCUCUUGAUCUUCAUGGAAGAGAUUAGGGAGAGUAAGUCAGACCGCUUUACACCAAUUGAUGUACGUGGAUCCUUGUGGAUAGUUUUCUCCCAGUUUGGCCAACGUAAUAUUUGAUGCUGUUCCUGCAUUGGAUUUUGUAGACCACAUUGGUCUUGCCUCAUAGCUUGAUUCAUUUUUUCUGGUCUACAGAAUACUCUCCUCGUGUGCGACUGAAAUUCUAUGUUCUCAGAGCACGUCCUGGACAUAAUAUUUCUUGUGGUCUUAGCAGUAUUACAUAGAAUAUUCUUAUUAGAGUGCUAUAAAACAGAAACAGGCCCUUCAGCCCAUCUAGUCUGUGCCAAACUGUUAUUCUGCCUAAUCCCAUUGAGCUGCAUGUGGAUAUUCAGAUCAGAUACAGAUUAAAUAAAUCUGUUAACACAAUCUAUUAGCAAAGUCAGGCAUAAUAUAAUGUACUGCAUUCUCAUGAGGUGGUCAAUUGUGAUAUUCAUCCAUUUUAACAAUAAGUCCUUCAGUAUUAACUUAUAUUAAAGAUUAUUAUUGUUUAAUGUUAUUGAAAAGAAUUUGUGAGCAGAUUACUCAAAAUAAUGUGCCCAGGACUGAACAUGAGCUCAGAGUGCAGGGUAAACCUCUGAACUGUGAUUAGUAGUGCCAUUCUUGCAGUUGAGUGUGAGAUUUACAAACUUUUGAAUCUACCUUGUACUAUAGUUUAAAUUACUGUAUCUAAUGCCUUGAUGUUGUUACUGUUCCUUUCCCGCCUUGUGACGCCUUGGGCAGCAACAUUGCCAGUAUUUAGUAUUUUUCACUAUUUUUAUGAGGCCGAGUUGCUAGUUUAACAUUCAACCCAGCAUGGAGGGAAAGCAUACAAGCAGCCAGCCAGAUUCAAACCCAGGACCACUGGUCUUGAAGUCCAGUGCGAAUACCACUACACCACCGGCCGGCUAAUGCCUUGAGAUAGAAAGGCAUAAAAUAGAACUUAACAAGGGCGUAAAGCAAACGAGGUGGCGGACUGGAAGUGCUAACUGAAAAGUAAAUCUAAAGAUGGAUAUUAAUUAGAGUCUUGAGUGAGGCUGGGAUAUGAUUUCAGGGUGAGGAUUUUGUACAGUUAAAUAGGUAAAUAAGUAAAUCUGUGCCAAGGCAAAGUGGACAGCCUUUAGGACGGAAAGUUUGAUAUUUUCACAGAAGUUUAAAGUGAGAUCAUUGGAUGUGGGAACAUUUCAAUGAUGAGGCAAUUGAGAGUAGAUAUCCCCUUUUAAUCAAGAGCCUGGUGGUUGAGGGGUAGUAACUGCUCUUGAACCUGCUGGUGCAAGUCCUGAGGCUCUUUACCUUCCACCCAGUGGCAGAGGCGAGAAGAGAGCAUGUCCUGGGUGGCGGGGGAUCUCUGAUGAUGGAUGCUGCUUUUGGUACAAUGACUCAGCAAUACUCAUAAAAAAAACGCUCAAAUUAUGGCCAAGAAGUCAGUAAUCUACUAAGGCUGAGGCCAAGACAUCAGAUGGAGCAAUCCCCUCUCCCUCCGUGGAACUCAGCUUUAAGUUAUUCUAUUUGGUCACAUUAUUUAUUUAUAUUUGCUGAAAGCUGUCACAUGUGUCAUGUUUACUUCCUGUUGUGUUCUGGAGUCAUGGACCUUCUACUCCAGGUGAUUACAUCCUGCUGCAUGUUGGGCUCAGUCAUCCUUGGGGCCAUUGGUUGCCCUGUUAUUGCCUUCUGAUUCUCAAGAGGGGGGGCCACGUCCUGCGCCCUACAAGUGUGGGCUCCAGUUUCCUCCCACAUGGUAGGUUAAUUGGCUGUUGCAAAUUGCUCCUAGCAUGUGGGUGAGGGUUAGAAUCUGGAGCAGUUGAUGGGCAUUGGAUGUGUGUUAAUGGGUAGUUGGUGGUUGACAUUGACUCAGCGAGCUGCAGAGCCUCUGUGCUGUAUGGCUCUAAAUGAUCACAAAAAACAAUGUUCAGGAUGACAGGAAGAAAAGACGUCAUUCAGUCUGCACCUAUACUCCAGUGCUGUUUAACUGCCUUCACUACAUAAUUGCUUAAUAUUUAUUUAUUUAUUUGCUUGUUUGUUUGUUUAUUUAUUUAUUGAGAUACAGCGUAGAAUAGGCCCUUCAAGCCGCAUUGCCUAGCAACUCCCCCAAUUUAAUUGUAGCCCAAUCACAGGACAACUUACAAUGACCAACUAACCAACUGACCAGUACUUCUUUGGACAGUGAGAGGAAACCGGACCACCUGGAGGAGACCCAUGUGAUCACAUGGAGAACACACAAUCUCCUUACAGGACUUGAACCCAGGUCACUGGUGCUCUAAGUCGUUGUGCUAACCAUUAUGUUACUGUGCCACCCCAAAUAUUCUGACAAAAGCACACAUUAAUCCCAACCUUAGCAUUCAAGUCUCUUUCUGGUGGGAGUUAUGAAUGAGUUAAAAGUUUUAAUGACAUUUAUAUGAAUAAUAUGAUUAAAGAUUUCUUUCCUAACAGCAUAUGUCAUGAUGUUAAGAUUAUGCCUCUUUGUUCCGCAUAUAUCUACCAGAGAAGAUAAUUUCCCUAGGGCUAUCCUACCCUAUUUCUGAUGUAGGAAUUUAGCUCCAAACAUCAAUAGUUCUUCCCCUUCCAGCACCACCCCUCCACACACCAAUCACCUGUACUGCUUGACCCACUGAAUUCCUCCAGCAGAUUGUUACUCUCAAUUCCAACACCUGCCAUCUCUUGUUGCCUUAAACACUCUAAUUAUCUCAUUCAACUACCCGCUGAAUUCAAAGAAAUUCCAGACAAAUACAUGUGAGCUAAGGUUCAAAGUAAAUUUAUUAUCAAAGUACAUAUAUGUCACCAUAUGCAAUCUUGAGAUUCAUUUUCUUGUGGGCAUACUGAAUUUAAUUUAAAAAAUCUAUCUUUAUAAUGUAAUCUUUUAAGUGCCAGUAAUAUUCUGCCAACUUGUCCUAGCCCAAGAUACAUAUAUUUUAUAAGGUUCUGUGCCAAAAAAAAACAAUACAGAUUUGAUCAAUUCUUUUAGUAUUAUUAUACUUUAUAGUCGCCAAACAAUUGAUACUAGAAUGUACAAUCAUCACAGGAUAUUUGAUACUGCGCUUCCUGCUCUCUGGAUUACAAAUCGAUAGUAAAUAUUAAAAAUUUAAACUAUAAAUCAUAAAUAGAAAAAUGGAAAGUAAGGUAGUGCAAAAUAAAACUGAGAGGCAGGUGCGGAUAUUUGGAGGGUACGGCCCAGAUCCGGGUCAGGAUCCGUUCAGCAGUCUUAUCACAGUUGGAAAGAAGCUGUUCCCAAAUCUGGCCGUAUGAGUCUUCAAGCUCCUGAGCCUUCUCCCGGAGGGAAGAGGGACGAAAAGUGUGUUGGCUGGGUGGGUCGUGUCCUUGAUUAUCCUGGCAGCACUGCUCCGACAGCGUGCGGUGUAAAGUGAGUCCAAGGAUGGAAGAUUGGUUUGUGUGAUGUGCUGUGCCGUGUUCACGAUCUUCUGCAGCUUCUUCCGGUCUUGGACAGGACAACUUCCAUACCAGGUUGUGAUGAACCCUAGAAGAAUGCUUUCUACGCUGCAUCUGUAAAAAUUAGUGAGGGUUUUAGGGGACAGGCCAAAUUUCUUUAGCAUUUUUCAAUUAACACUAUUCAAGUUAAGGUUUAUCUUUUAGUUAUCUUCUUGAUUGAUUUAGAACUUUUAGCAAUGUAUUUCAUGGAUGCUUAAUUCAAUUUUUCCAUCUAACUGUAUCUUCUAAUGUAAUGUCUAAUGUAAAGUGUGUAUUCAACUCUGUUCCUUCGUUCAAAUUAUCAACUUAUAUGGUAAAAAUGUGGGGUCCCUGUAUGAAUCCCAGAUGUUUUUUUUUUCAAAUCACAUUGUACCCAAAAAUAUUGGGUCCCUCAUACCUACUCUGAUUUCUAACUCCCAAAGAACUUCCUACCUUUAUUACAAGCCUAUGUUCAAGUUCACAUCCUUGCAUCAUGUCUGAAUGUUUUCUAUUCAGAUCUUGUACUUCUGAAAGCCAAGUAAUCAACAUCCCUAAAACAAUCCAGCAAAAAAUUUCAAAUUAGUUGUUCAGACUGGACAGAGAUCAAAAACUCUCUUUGAUUAUCUCAGACCUGCUUUAGUUCUUUGCCUCUCAACAAUCACCAAUUCCAAUGGAUCUGAAACUGUUAGUUCUGUGGGUACCUGGUUGCACUUCCCCCUUUCAAAAGAAUGCUAUGAAUUAUUUUUGAAAGAAAAGGCAGUUUCUCACUUGAAAUAAGUUUUAGUUUCAGUUGUAUUUUGACCGUUUUCACUGUUUUCAUUAAGAACAAAAGAAAGGAGGAGAAGGACACAAUAGGCCCUCAAACCUGCCCUGCGAUGGUUUAGCAACCAUCACCCUUCUGAGGCAGAGAAUAUCAGAGAUUCACUGCUCUCAGAGAGGAGAGACUUUGACACACCGCAGUUGUAAACAGCUGGUCGUUAUUUUUCAAGUAUUUCUCUUUGUUUGUGACUCUCCCACCACGGAGAAAUUCCAAUCCGAUCAGGCCUUUUAUUUCUGAUAUAUUCGUAUAAGGCCACUCCUCAUUCUUCUAAACUCUAAGACAUACAAACCCAAACUGUCUAGUCUCUCAUGAAAGGACAACCCUCUCAUUCCAGGAAUCAGCCCGGUGAAUCUCUUUUGGACUGACUUUAUUGCUACAAUAGCCUUUUCUAGCUAAUAGAACUACAUCUGUGCACAGUAUUCCAAGUGUAGCCGUUGCAAAACAUCAUACAACUGUAACAAAACCACCAUGUUCUUAAAUGCUAACCCCUUUCCAACAAAGCCCAAAAUGCCAUUUACCUUCUUAACUACUUGAUGGAGUAGCAUGCUAACUUCCCGUGAUUAAAGCACUGAAACACCCAGAUCACCCUGAAUUUCAGGUUUUUUUUGCAGUUUCAUUCCAUCUGGAUAAUUAUCCACCCUUUGAUUCCUUUUACCAAAGUGCAUAAACUCACACUUCCAUAUUAUACCCUAUUUGUUUUUCACUCAAUCACUCAAUUAAGAGCAUAAGACCCUGGACAUAGGAACAGAAUUAGGCUAUUUGCCCCAUCAAUCAGCUCUGACCUUCUUUCAUGGCUGAUUUAUUAUCUCCCUCAAUCCCAUUCUCCUCCCGUCUCUCCAUAACCUUUGAUGCUCUUAUGAAUCAAGAACCUAUCAACAUCAGCUUUAAAUAUACCCACUAAAUGGGGUUCCAUAACCGUAUUUGGCAAUGAAAUUCACAGAUUCACCACACUCUGGCUAAAGAAAUUUCUUCUCAUCUCUAUUGCAGAAUCACAAUGUCCUCUUCACAGCAUAUCCUGCCACCUACAUUUUGUAUCAAUGGUAGACUUGCAAACUUUACAUUUAAUUCCCUGCUUCAGGUCAUUAAUGCAAAUAAUAAUAAACAAUUCAGGGCUUGGAACCUUGCCUGGGAACUCCAUGAAUUAAAUCUUGCCAGCUUUAAAAGGCCCCAUUUAUUCCAACUUGCUGCUUUCUAUGUGACAGCCUGUUUCGGUUCAUGCUAGCACAAUUCCUCCAUUACCUUGGAAUCCUAAUACAAAUUCACUUAUUUCUUUACUCCGUUUGACAGUUUUACUCAUUCUAAUUUUAAUAGCUCCAGAUUUCCUUUACUGCUCAUAUUAAAUCGACUUAUUAACUGUUUUCUGUUUUGCAUUUCCUUUUUGUAUGUGACUCCAUUUGUUGUUCCUGCAGAUUUUCCAGUCUUCUUUGGUCGCCUCCUCAUCUGCCACAAUGAGGCCACUCUCAGGGCGGAGGUGCGACUCUUCAGAUUCCAUCUAAGUAGUCUCCACCUUGAUGGCAUGAACAUCAAUAUCUCCAACACUCAGUAGUUUUUUCCCUCCACCUUCCCUCUCCUUCUGUUCCCCACUCUGACCUCUUACCUCUUCUCCUCAUCUGCCUAUCAUCUCCCCCUGGUGCCCCUCCUCUUUCCCUUUCUCCUUUGGUUCACUCUUCUCUCCUAUCAGAUUCCUUCUUCUUCAGCCAUUUACCUUUCCCACCUACUUAGCUUCACCGAUCACCUUCUAGUUAGCCUCCUUCCCCUCACCCUCACCUUUCUUUUCUGCCAUCUUCCCCUUCCCUUCCAGUCCUGAAGAAAGGUCUUGGCCUAAAAUGUCAACUGUUUAUUCAUUUCUCUAGAUGCUGCCUGACCUGUUGAAUCCCUCUAGCCUUUUGUAUGUGUUGCUCUGGAUUUCCAGCGUUUGCUGAAUCUCUUGUGGUUCUGCUAUAUUUUCAUCUUUCUUUGCAUUGUUUUGUAACUAAGUAUAAUAUGGUUGAAUCCACCAUCUGAUAUACUAAAUAGAGAGUUUAGUCACAGUAUGUGUGUUAAAAUUCACUCUGACAUUUAAUUAUUUUAUGGACAAUGAAAUUGCUUGGCAUAAAUGUUUAGUAUGCAUAUAUAACUGUAUCAAGACCAUAAGACCAUAAGAUAUAGAAGCAGAAGUAGGCCAUUCAGCCCAUCAAGUCCUCUCCACUAUUCAAUCAUGGGCUGAUCCAAUUCUUCCAGUCAUCCCCACUCCCCUGCAUUCACCCCAUGCCCUUUAAUGCCCUGGCUAAUCAAGAAAUCUAUCUAUCUCUGCUUUAAAUACACCCAAUGACUUGGCCUCCACAGCUGCUCGUGGCAACAAAUUCCACAGAUUUACCACCCUCUGACUGAAGUAAUUUCUCUGCAUCUCAGUUCUAAAACGACGUCCUUCAAUCCUGAAGUCGUGCCCUCUUGACCUGGAAUCCCCUACCAUGGGAAAUAACUUUGCCAUAUCUAAACUGCUCAGGCCUUUUAACAUUCGGAAUGUUUCUAUGAGAUCCCCCCUUAUUCUCCUGAACUCCAGGGAAUACAGCCCAAGAGCUGCCAGACAUUCCCCAUAUGGUAACCCUUUCAUUCCUGGAAUCAUUCUCAUGAAUCUUCUCUGAACUCCCUCCAAUGUCAGCAUAUAAUUUCUAAAGUAAGGAGCCCAAAACUGCACACAAUACUCCAAGUGUGGUCUCAUGAGUGCCUUAUAGAGUUUCAACAUCUUAUAUUCUAUAUUUCUAGAAAUAAAUGCCAACAUUCCAUUCGCCUUCUUCACAACCAACUCAGUCUGAAGGUUAACCUUUAGGGUACCUUGCACAAGGCCUCCAAAGUCCCUUGCAUCUCUGCAUUUUGAAUUCUCUCCCCAUCUAAAUAAUAGUCUGCCUGUUUAUUUCUUCCACCAAAGUGCAUGACUAUAUACCUUCCAAUAUUGUAUUUCAUUUGCCACUUCUUUGCCCAUUCCCCUAAACUACCUAAGUCUCUCUGCAGGCUCACUGUUUCCUCAACACUACCUGUUCCUCCACCUAUCUUUGUAUCAUUGGCAAAUUUAGCCACAAAUCCAUUAAUACCAUAGUCCAAAUCAUUGACAUACAUCGUAAAAAGCAGCAGUCCCAACACCGACCCCUGUGGAACUCCACUGGUAACCGGCAGCCAGCCAGAAUAGGAUUCCUUUAUUCCCACUCUCUGUUUUCUGCUGACCAGCCAAUGCUCCACCCUUGCUAGUAACUUCCCUGUAAUUCCAUGGGCUCUUAUCUUGCUAAGGAGCCUCAUGUGCGGCACCUUGUCAAAGGCCUUCUGAAAAUCCAAGUACACCACGUCUACUGCAUCUCCUUUGUCUACCCUGCUUGUAAUUUCCUCAAAGAAUUGCAGUAGGUUUGUCAGGCAGGAUUUUCCUUUCAGGAAAGCACGCUGGCUUUGGCCUAUCUUGUCAUUUGCCUCCAGGUACUCCGUAAUCUCAUCCCUAACAAUUGAUUCCAACAACUUCCCAACCACUGAUGUCAGGCUAACAGUCUAUAGUUUCCUUUCUGAUGACUCCCACCCUUCUUUAAUGGCGGAGUAACAUGUGCAAUUUUUCAGACAUCGGUACAAUGCCAGAAUCUAUCGAUACUUCAAAGAUCAUCGUCAAUGCCUCCGCAAUCUCUCCAGCUAUUUCCUUCAGAACCUGAGGGUGCAUUCCAUCUGGUGCAGGAGAUUUGUCCACUCUCAGUCCAUUAAGCUUCCUGAGCACCUUCUCAGUCGUAAUUUUCACUGCACAAACUUCACUUCCCUGACACUCUUGAAUGCCCGGUAUACUGCAGACAUCUUCCACUGUGAAGAUUGAUGCAAAAUACGCAUUUCAUUCCUCUGCCAUCUCUGCAUCUCUCAUUAUAAUAUCUCCAGCCUCAUUUUGUAUUGGUCCUUUAUCUACCCUCGACUCUCUUUUACCCUUUAUAUACUUAAAAAAGGUUUUAGUAUCUUCUUUGAUAUUAGUUGCCAGCUUCAUCUCAAUUCAUCUUUUCCUUCUGAAUGACUUUCUUAGUUUCCUUCUGCAAGUUCUUAAAAGCUCCCCAAUCCUCUAUCUUCCCACUAGCUCUGGCUUCCUUGUAUGCCCUCUCUUUUGCUUUUACUUUGGCUCUGACUUCACUUGUCAGCCACGGUAAUGUCCUUCUUCCCUUUGAAAAUUUCUUCUUAUUUGGAAUAUAUCUGUCUUGCACUUCCCUCAUUUUUUCACAGAAAUUCCAGCCAUUGCUGCUCUGUUGUCUUUCCUGCAAACGUCCCUUUCCAGUCAACUUCUGCCAGUUCCCCUCUCAUACCAUUGUAAUUUCCUUUAUUCCACUGAAAUACCGACACAUUGGAUUUUAUUUUUUCCCUCUCAAAUUUCAGUAUGAACUCGAUCAUAUUGUGAUCACUCUUCCUUAACCUUAAGCUCUCUUAUCACCUUUGGAUCAUUGCACAACACCCAAUCCAGCACAGCCGAUCCCCCAGUGGACUCAACAACAAGCUGUUCUAAAAAGCCAUCCCUUAGACAUUCUAAAAAUUCUCUCUCUUGAGGUCCAGUACUGACCUGGUUUUCCCAAUCCACUUUGAAAAAUCCCCAAAGAUUAUCAUGAUGUUGCCUUUCUGACAUGCCUUUUCUAUCUCCUGCUGUAAUUUGUAAUCCACAUCCCAGCUGCUGUUUGGAAGCCUGUAUACAACUGCCAUUAGGGUCCUUUUACCCUUGCCAUUUCUUAACUCAUACCAUCAGCAUCAUUAUGUUCCAUGUCAUAUGAUGCAGGUAAUCAUGGUCUCAUGACAAUGAUUGUUCUUGGGAAAUUUUUCUACAUAACUGGUGAAAAAAAAAUUGCUUUGGUCUCUUGCCUUAUUUGCUGACUAUAGUUUUGUUCCUGAUCUUGUAUAAUACCAGAUGCUUCACACUCCUCAUACACUCAGUGACCACUUUAUUGGGUACCUCCUAUACCUAAUAACAUGGCCACUGAGUGCUCUUUGUGCUCUUCUGCUAUUGUUGCCAUCUACUUCAAGGUUCAACGUGUUGUGCAUUCAGAGAUGUUCUUCCUGACACCACUUGUUAUUCAUGGUUAUCUGAGUUACUGUCUUUUUCCUGUCAGCUUGAACCUGUUCCCUCUGAACUCUCACUUUAACAUCACACAUCAAAGUUGCUGG